ACUGUCUCUACUGGUAAAGCUACCGCACCGAUAGCGUAGGAUGAAAUUCAAAGCAUUAAUCUGCUUGGUUUGCCUAUAUUAUAGGAUAUCUUUAGCGACUUCUCCAAGGAUUUUAUACGCAAACCGGAGAGACAUCAGAAUAGUACGACAAAAUGAAAAGAACCAAAAUGAAACUAUCGUAGCUGUUGGUCUUUUGAAUGCUAUCGCGGUGGAUUUCAGCUACGAAGAUGGAUACAUAUUUUGGACGGAUGUCAGGGCUAAGAAAAUCAAACGAAUUCUUAUGACGGGAAGUCCUAACUCAAGAAAAGUUGAAGAUGUUAUAUCUGUGGGUUUGAAAAGGCCCGAAGGAUUAGCCGUAGAUUGGGUAGGAAAAAAGUUGUAUUGGACUGAUCGUAGAGAUCCUGACGGGGAAACGAACAGAAUAGAAGUUGCAAAUUUUGAUGGAUCCUAUCGCAAAGUUCUCUUGUGGAAAGACUUGGGUCUUCCAAGGGCGAUUGCGGUGGAUCCACUCAAGGGGUUCAUGUUUUGGACAGAUUGGGGUAAAGAACCCAAGAUAGAGAGAGCUGAAAUGGAUGGCUCUAAUCGUUCCGUAAUUGUCAGACAAAACAUUCGUCGGCCCAAUGGGCUCACAAUAGACUACAGUGCAGAGAAAAUUUACUGGACAGAUGCAAAAUUGUUUUAUAUAGCUAAAGCUAAUUUUGAUGGUUCAAACCGGGAGAGAAUAUUUAAAACUCCAAGUCAAUGUAUUUUGGCAAAUCAAGCUCAUCCAUUUGCUUUGACGUUAUAUGAAAACAAAAUUUAUUGGACAGAUUGGACUUCUAGAGGGAUACAUUCUGCAAAUAAAAACAGUGGGAUGCGGUGUCAAAUGGUCUGGUCAACUACUUAUAAACCCAUGGAUAUACAUGCAUAUGAACCAAAAAAACAGCUGGUACCAAGGCCAGGUCAAAAUCCUUGUAAUUCUACUCUCAAUGGAGGGUGCACCCAUCUUUGUCUGUUGAAUACCCAUGGCCGCUCUUGUGCUUGCCCAACUGGUGUGAAGCUUUUGCCUGAUGGAAGAACAUGUGAAAAAGGCCCUUUCCAUUUUCUAUUGCUGGCAAGAAAAGGGGACCUGCGGCGUAUAUCACUCGAUACACCUGAUCUCACAGAUGUCGUUUUACCAUUGUCUGGAAUCAGUCAUGCAGUGGCAAUUGAUUUUGAUCCAGUGGAUAGAUAUGUUUACUGGAGUGAUGAUAAAAAACUUGAGAUUAAAAGAUGCCGGUUGAAUGGAGAAGAUGUUCAGGUAGUAGUAAGGAGUGAGCUGAAAAAUCCUGAUGGUAUUGCUGUUGACUGGGUGGCACAGAACUUGUACUGGACAGACACAGGCACUAAUAGAAUUGAAGUCAGCAGACUAAACGGCUCUGCUAGGAGAGUUCUUAUUGAUGAAAAUCUUGAUGAACCAAGAGCAAUAGCAUUGGAUCCAACUAAAGGGUACAUGUACUGGACUGAUUGGGGAAAACACCCAAAGAUUGAGAGAGCAGAGCUUGAUGGGAGUCAGAGAGUCAUCUUAGUGAAUUCCUCGGUCGCGUGGCCAAAUGGCCUCACCAUUGAUUAUCUUAAGCAAAAGAUUUACUGGGCUGAUGCAAAGGAUGACAAGAUAGAAGUCAUGAACUUCGAUGGGAGUGCCCGCCGUAUUAUUUUAGAUAAAAAAUUGCCUCAUGUGUUUGGCUUUACUGUGCUUGGGGAUCAUCUUUAUUGGACGGACUGGCAGAAGAGGUCAAUAGAGAGUGUGAACAAAAGAACUGGUGAAGACAGAAGAGUACUGAUUGACAGCCUACCCCAUCUUAUGGGACUAAAAGCUGUAAACCUUAAUCUCUCCUAUGGUUCCAAUGCCUGUCAGCGCAAAAAUGGAGGCUGUAGUCAUUUGUGUUUAUACAGGCCAUCAGGACCCAAAUGUGAAUGCCCAACAGGAAUGGAGCUUCUUUCUGACAAGAAGACUUGUAUAUCGACUUCUCCAAGGAUUUUAUACGCAAACCGGAGAGACAUCAGAAUAGUACGACCAAAUCAAAAGAACCAAAAUGAAACUAUCGUAGUUGUUGGUCUUUUGAAUGCUAUCGCUGUAGAUUUCAGCUACGAAGAUGGAUACAUAUUUUGGACGGAUGUCAACGAUGAGAAAAUCAAACGAAUUCGUAUGACGGAAAGUUCUAACUCAAGAAAAGUUGAAGAUGUUAUAUCUUUGGGUUUGAAAAAGCCCGAAGGAUUAGCCGUAGAUUGGGUAGGAAAAAAGUUGUAUUGGACUAAUUGUGGAGAUUCUGACUGGGAAACAAACAGAAUCGAAGUUGCAAAUUUUGAUGGAUCCUAUCGCAAAGUUCUUUUCUGGAAAGACUUGGGUCUUCCAAGGGCGAUUGCAGUGGAUCCACUCAAGGGGUUCAUGUUUUGGACAGAUUGGGGUGAAGAACCCAAGAUAGAGAGAGCUGAAAUGGAUGGCUCUAAUCGUUCUGUAAUUGUCAGACAAGACAUUCAUUGGCCCAAUGGGCUCACAAUAGACUACAGUGCAGAGAAAAUUUACUGGACAGAUGCAAAAUUGUUUUAUAUAGCUAAAGCUAAUUUUGAUGGUUCAAACCGGGAGAGAAUAUUUAAAACUCCAAGUCAAUGUAUUUUGGCAAAUCAAGCUCAUCCAUUUGCUUUGACAUUAUAUGAAAACAAAAUUUAUUGGACAGAUUGGACUACUAGAGGAAUACAUUCUGCAAAUAAAAACAGUGGGAUGCGGUGUCAAAUGGUCUGGUCAACUACUUAUGUACCCAUGGAUAUACAUGCAUAUGAACCAAAAAAACAGUUGCCAAGGCCAGGUCAAAAUCCUUGCAAUUCUACUCUCAAUGGAGGGUGCACCCAUCUUUGUCUGUUGAAUACACAUGGUCGCUCUUGUGCAUGCCCAACUGGUGUGAAGCUUUUGUCUGAUGGAAGAACAUGUGAAAAAGGUCCUUUCCAUUUUCUAUUGCUGGCAAGAAAAGGGGACCUGCGGCGUAUAUCACUUGAUACACCUGAUCUCACAGAUGUUGUUUUACCAGUGUUGGGAAUCAGUCAUGCAGUUGCAAUCGAUUUUGAUCCAGUGGAUAGAUAUGUUUACUGGAGUGAUGAUAAAAAACUUGAGAUUAAAAGAUGCCGGUUGAAUGGAGAAGAUGUUCAGGUAGUAGUAAGGAGUGAGCUGAAACAUCCUGAUGGUAUUGCUGUUGACUGGGUAGCACGGAACUUGUACUGGACAGACACAGGCACUAAUAGAAUUGAAGUCAGCAGACUAAACGGCUCUGCUAGGAGAGUUCUUAUUGAUGAAAAUCUUGAUGAACCAAGAGCAAUAGCAUUGGAUCCUACUAGAGGGUACAUGUACUGGACUGAUUGGGGAAGACACCCAAAGAUUGAGAGAGCAGAGCUUGAUGGGAGUCAUAGAGUCAUCUUAGUGAAUUCCUCGGUCGCGUGGCCAAAUGGCCUUGCCAUUGAUUAUCUGAAGCAAAAGAUUUACUGGGCUGAUGCAAGGAAUGACAAGAUAGAAGUCAUGAACUUCGAUGGGAGUGCCCGCCGUAUUAUUUUAGAUAAAAAAUUGCCUCAUGUGUUUGGUUUUACUGUGCUUGGGGAUAAUCUUUAUUGGACGGACUGGCAGAAGAGGUCAAUAGAGAGUGUGAACAAAAGAACUGGUGAAGACAGAAGAGUAAUCAUUGACAGCCUACCUGAUCUUAUGGGACUAAAAGCUGUAAACCUUAAUCUAUCCUAUGGUUCCAAUGCCUGUCAGCGAAAAAAUGGAGGCUGUAGUCAUUUGUGUUUAUACAAGCCAUCAGGACCCAAAUGUGAAUGCCCAACAGGAAUGGAGCUUCUUUCUGACGAGAAGACUUGUAUAUUACCAGAAGCUUUUCUUUUGUUUUCAAAUGCUGAUGAUAUCAGGAGAAUUUCUUUGGAAACCAACAAUGGUGUUGUCAUUCCAUUGGUUGGCAUUAAGGAAGCAAACGCUCUUGAUUUCAGUGUUCAUGACAUGCAGAUUUAUUGGUCAGAUUUGACCCUUAAGACUAUUAGUCGAGCAUUUCUGAAUGGUAGCAAUGUACAGCAUUUGAUUGCUGUAGACCUGUCCUACCCUGAUGGCUUGGCUGUGGACUGGAUUGCCAAGAAUCUUUACUGGACAGAUUCAAAGCUCCAGAGAAUAGAGUUGUCACGACUGGAUGGCCGGCAUAGGAAAAUGCUGAUUUGGAAGGAUUUGUGGGAACCACGAGAACUGACUCUUGAUCCUGUGUCUGGGCAUAUGUACUGGGCAAACGGUGGAUGGUACCCAAAGAUAGAGAGAGCAGACCUGGAUGGUUCUAACAGACAGACUAUCGUCCCAAAUGUCACUCGUCCAACUGGGUUGACAAUUGAUUUUUCUGCGGAAAUGAUAUUUUGGGUUGAUACCGAGAACAAGGUGAUUGAGUGUGCAAAUUUAAAUGGUUCAAACAGACAGGUGAUUGCAUCAGAGCUUCCCAAACCAUUUGCUUUGACCCAGUACAAGGAUUACAUCUAUUGGACAGAUCAGAAACUCAGCUCAAUCUACCGCGCCAACAAAACGAAUGGAAUGGAGAGGACUCAGAUCAAGGGCAACAUAGAAUUUACUAUCAUGGAUAUCUUGGUUUUUCAUGGCAGCAGACAGGAAGGUUCCAAUCUCUGUGCCUUCAGGAAUGGAGGAUGUAGUCACCUGUGUCUGGCUAAACCUGGGAAGAGAAAAGAGUGUUCCUGUCCUACACACUAUACCUUAUCCAUGAUUGACAAUAAAACUUGCUUAGCCCCCCGUGUUUUCAUGCUUUACAGCACCAAAACAGACAUUCGACGAAUCCUGUUCGAUUCAUCCGAUAACCUUGAUGUAGUUUUACCUGUCCGUGGUCUGUCAAAUGUUCAGGCCGUUGAUUUUGAUAUUAACAGCCAUCGUCUCUUCUGGAUCGAAGACUUCCGCAUUAAAUUUGCAUAUCAAAACGGCUCCAGUGGGGACAAGGUCAUAAACCUUGAUCCAGAGGCGUCUCCAUAUGACUUGGCCAUUGACCCGUAUGCAAAGCAAUUGUUUUGGACGGACUCUGUUACUAACAGUAUCAAUGUGUACAGUUUAAGAAACAAUACCAACCUGGGAGAAGUGUUUAAGAAAGACGGUGUUUCUCCUCGGUCAAUUGUGCUCUAUCCUGAGAAAGGGCUUAUGUACUUCACCAAUGUCAAUCCAAAGACCAAGGGUAUCAUGAAGGUGCCAAUGGCUGGGGCAGACAAGGUACAACUUUCUGUUGACAAUCUGCUUCUGUUCAGUGCUGACUCUCCGGGAGACUUAGCAGUGGAUAAGGAAGGCAAGAAACUUUACUGGACUGACACGGAACUGAAGAAGAUUGAAUAUGGCGACCUGGAAGGGACCAACAGAGCCACGCUGGUGGAGAGACAUGUCUUGGAUCCCGUUGGCCUGGCAGUUUAUGGGAAUCAUGUUUACUGGAUCGACCAGGAGUCGCGCUGGCUCAAGAAAAUUGAAAAGAUCGGUGAAAUGGAAGAAGACCUUGGCAGCACGGUGCAAGCCUCUAUCAAUGGUUUGACAGAUAUGAUUGUGGUUGAUAUGAGGAAGUCAACAGCUCACCAUCCUUGUACUAGAAACCAUUGUUCACACAUCUGUUUGGUCGGUGAUCACAACAAAGCUCAGUGUUCCUGCCCUAUGGACAUGAUCCUAACUGAGGACAAUUCAACUUGCGGACCUCCAAGGGAAUGCCCGCCAAACGCGUUUUCCUGUCCAAGCGGACCUUGCUUAUUAGAAAGUUGGGUUUGUGAUGGUAAUCCAGACUGUGAGCCUGAUGGUGCCGAUGAAAAGAAUUGUUCUCCUUGCGGCGAUGACCAAUUCGCCUGCCGCACUGGAGGUCAGUGUAUCGAUAUGAAGAAGGUGAAUGACGGUGUGGGGGAUUGCCUUGACGACUCGGACGAGUCUGAUUGCUCACGGAAAUGCUCAAAGCUUGAGUUUGGAUGCCAUGAUGACGACUGUUCGUGUAUCGCUUCGGACUGGGAAUGCGAUGGAACAGUAGACUGUCCUAAUAAUAGAGAUGAAAUGGAUUGCGAUGUUACUCCAGUGAAUGGCACAGACAAGGUACCUAAUCCUCUGCACCAUUCAAAUCUCAGUGGUAAAAUGGUGGCAGUCAUUGUGGCGUCAAUCAUCGUGGGUGUCAUUUUCCUCACUGUCGCUGUACUCAUCUGUCGCAGGCUUAAGCACGGCCCAGACUGUGACGUAAGUCACGAUAUUGGAUUAGUCGUGACUCCAGUUCUCCAUCCUAGGCCUUCCUCGUCAGCAUCGUCAUCAUCGUCGACGUCAUCUCGGCAUGACAUGUUUGUGACAGCACCUUUACGAAAAGGUCCCGGAUCAGCGGGCUCAUCGCAUAAGCGCUCGAAAUCAAACGGAACGGCGCCGAGCUUAAGCAACCGUUCAAGCGCCUCACAGACAGCCUACGACCGGAACAAUUUAACUGGAGCUUCGUGCUCGUCAACCGCGUCAACAGUUGUCACAGCAUACUUCCAUGAGCCCCUGAACCCGCCGCCGUCGCCGGUUACGGAACGUUCUCAGUACACCUCGCGAUCACGUCCAUAUUGUGAGUCCCUGUUACCGCCGUCUUCAUGCACGUCACACAGAUGUCAUCGGCCGAGAAUGCCUCCACCCCCGACGCCUGUCUCCACUGACGCGGAGUCGGUUGGGAGUCGGCAUCAAUGUCGCAGAGUUCACCGUUGUAGGCACAAACGUUACGCGGCGUCGUCCUGCACGGAGGCAGCGUAUGAUUCGGAUUUAUUCGCACCGCCUCCGACGCCAAACACGAACUAUCUUUCAGAAGCGACACAUUUUUCGGAUCAGGAGGGUCCACCUCCUUCUCCUGCUUUAACUGAAAGACACUUUUUUGCGCAUCCGUAUCCUCCUCCACCCUCUCCAGUGACUGAUGCGCCGUCAGUGAUUUUGUAACGCAGUUGUUGAGGAAAGGGUUCUGUCGCGUGUUCCCCUGUCACGCAAUCGUCAGGGUUUCAAAUGUGGUACUGGACAGAUAUCACUUCUUAGAUCAAGAAACCGGACGCUAUUCUAUCGUCUUGGGUGACCGUGGUCGUUACUAUAGACACGAUUACCAUGCGCGAUUUUAACGCAAUGAAGAAAAACUCACAUUUUCGUCAAGAUUAUCCACAUGACCCUAAUGACAUCUUAAUUUCCGUGAAAAGGAAAUAAAAUGACUUUUUCUGGUGGUUCAGAAGAAAUGUGAAAGCAGGUAUAUACUGGCGACCCAUUGUACACUGCAAUGCACAAGGCGAUUUCGGGAAAAUGGCAGUUCAUUUUCGAAUAUCUCGAGGUUUAAAGUCUGCGAAUGUUUUGUACUCCUUUGAAUUUUUGCUUUUGUCUUUGCUAAGUUCCCAUAUUUCGUUUCCAUAUUUUGUGCCAACUUGAAGUUCAGAAUUAGUAGAAAAUUUUCCUCGGAGGGUCGUCUUUCCGAGUAAGUCGGCGAUUCACGAAUAGUUCCUUGUGAAUUGAUGGUCAUUGGUGAAUCAUUCAUCUUAAUUGAAAAAUUAUAGAUGGCGGAUCAGUAAGCAUUAUUGGCGAACAUCAACAAGUUAUUUCUAGAACACUAGAGACCAUUAUUUUCAUUGGCAAGUCACCAAUGGCCUUUGGUGGACAACUAAUGGCCAAUGGUGGACCACCAAUGGCCAAUGGUUGACCAUCACUUGUCAUUGAGUCAUUUAUCGUUUUUAAGAGUGGGUACACACUACUAAGACAUUUUUCUUCGUAUGACAGGAUUGAUUUUUUUGAAAAUCUUUACCCAUGCGACAAAAUUCUGCUCCCGGAACAAGUCGUUUAAAUUCAUACUGGUAUGAACUUGUAAGGUGAUGACAUGGGUUGCAGCGACUUGGUUCGGAAGCAGUGCCCAUAAUGUGGUUUGUCGCGUAGACCCUGCCGCGCCGAUUUGGCGCCUGUUAGGUCCUGGAAAUUAAGAGUACCAUCGAUGAAUUAUCAGUUGCAAUUGGCAACUCUCCUAUCAUUAAUAAGGUCAUUUGCGCCAUUCUGCGCUAUCAAGUAGAAACAUUAACACGGCUUUUAACAGUUUCAAACGGUGUCAAAAUUAUUUAUUGUAAAUACUGUACAUAAUUUGUAAAUGGUGCUUUACAUUUAACCUAGAGUAUCUAUUGUCAGGCAGUUUUGCUGGUGACUUUUAAAUUUUCCUAGAUUAAUAUAUUUUUA